AUGGUGGCGACAGUCGCCUUCCCGUCAUAUCGCCAGACACGCGACGGCGGCUACCAAGUGAACCCAAAUGGCCUCGCCUACUUCCGCCUUUUCUACAAUGAAAUCUUGGACCUGCUGUUCCGGGACCGCAACAAGCUCGUCGGCUACAUCAUGGCCUUCAGCAGCAUGCUCGGGCCAAAUACCGAAAAGUUUGCCGAGCGGCUUCGCGUUGCAAGUUCGCUGAACUGUUUCAAGAUGGUCUCACAAAUGCUUCACACGCUGCUCAUCACCGAGGAAGGCACUUUGCUAGUGGAUUCGUGGCUGGAGAAUGUUUCUCCCGAGCUUCACGCCGCCGCGCACGGCACCGGCAUCGAUCCGCAAGCGCCUUGGGUGCAGGUGUUCGUUAAGUUCUUCAUGCGGGAAGACGAUCCCAAGUUCCUGAUGCGCAUCGUCGCCAGCUUCCACGUGCUCGCCAUCAUCGACAAACGCUACCUGGUUGUUGGACUUCACGGUGCUGCCACGAUCGGCGAUGAGGAUGACCGCAGAAAGUUGCUUCUCGGCGCCCACUUGAUCGUCAUUACCCCGCAGCUCCUCAUUAACAUGUUGAAAUCGGUCCGCCGAGCCGAGCGCAUCUACCUGUGCGAUCUGACGAUGGUGAUGCUUGACGAGUGCCAUCACACCACCAAGGAGAGCGCCUACAAUGUGCUGAUGGACAUGGUGCAUCAAUAUAAGCACACCAAGCCACAGCUCUGCGCCAACGCCAUGCUCAUCGAUGAGGUGAUGCCCUCCUGCUACGCGUUGGACUAUUUGAAGAGGGCCACCGGAGAGCAAAACGAAAACCGUCACCUGUUCUUCGACGAAUUCUGGAGCAACGGCAACGAUCAGGCCCUGCGCGCCGCGUGCGAACAAGAACGGCUCGAGCAAAAGGAGAUUGUGCGCGAACUAGAGUCGCGCAUCCGCGAGCAGCUCGCCCGCCUGCCCGGCAGCCGUAUCCUCAUCUUCGUGAAGGAACGCUCGGCCGCACAGCUGCUCUCGAUGGCCAUCAACGAACACGCAUUCUUCCGCACGUUGCGCAACAAUGUGCGCGGAAAGAUUGCCGGAUUCGCUACGGGAGCCGGCUCGAAGAAGAAGGGACAACAGGCUUCACAAACCGUCCAAGAGCAGGCGCGCACGAUGGAAGACUUCAAGGAUGGAAAGCUGAAGGUGAUGGUCGCCACGUCGGUGAUGGAAGAAGGUGUUGACGUCCAGGCUUGCAACCUCAUCAUCAAGUACAACAUGACCGGCACCACCAUCUCCGAGGUGCAAAAGAGAGGUCGUGCUCGUGCCGCCGGCUCCAAAUCUGUGCUGCUCGUCGUCUCCGAUUCUGUGGAACAACGCGAGAUGGAGAAUCGUCAGGGCGAGAUGAUGAUGGCCCAGGCGCUGAAGAUUAUCACGCAGCUGAACGAGGCCGAAUUUAUGGCUAGGUCGAUUGGCGAGACGGCCCUCGUGCUCGGAUCGGCUUUGUGCGGCCGAAUCGCUAACGAAGGCGAAUCUGACGCGGCGUGCAAGGCCGUCCUCGGCACCGUCAUCAAAUACGCCGACACGUACCAUGUCCAGUUGUCGUUGAAUUCGCUCAAAAUCAUCGACGACGCCACCGAGGAGUGCGUGGAGAACAUGACCAAGAAGAAGUGGGGCAGCAUCAAGACGCAGCUGUUCUACAUCCCGGAAAUUACGGAGGGCGACCUGAAGCGUAUGCUGCACUCCGUCCCCGACCGGUUGACGCGCGAGUUCCUGGCGGCCGAGGCGCAAAUCAAGGAGGAGGCGAUGAACCAAAUCGAGCGCAAACGCCGCCGUCGCAUCAAGGACCAAGAGCCGCUGAACGAGUGGUAUGCCGAUGAUGACGAUUUCGAGGAUGAAGCC